AUGGAUUCUGUCUUUGCAAGAGUAGUUCUAUGUUUUGUCCAGAAAUUUAAAUUCAUGGAACUCCCUGUCCCUCAGUGCUCCCAUCCUGUGAGAGCCAACAAGAAACUCCAGCCCUGUGUUUGGUGCCAAAUGCUGUCCCAAAUUCAAGGUAACUCUGAUUAAAGUCUCAUUAAAGCAGGAGGGACUGGGAUGAUUAAUGAGUUCUCAUGGAGUAUGAUUAGAGUGCAGCUGAGAAAGCUCCAGCUUAAUGACUUGGGAGAAGAUCAUCUCAGGAGCCAUUUCCAGGGAGAAACAAACUAUAGCAGAAGAAGUCCCCAGGGAUGGAUUGAUGUGGGAAAAUCACCUGCUCUUUGUCACUGUUGCUGCUUUCCAAGGGGAAGAUCAAAGACAGACCCUGAGAAGGGCCAGUGCAUCCCAGUGAUGGAUUCUCCUGAACUCUGGUGGCACUGCAGGAAGGGAAGUGUAAAUUCCAAGCUCCUGAGGGAUGUCUUUGAACCCUGGUGGCACUCUGGAAGGGAAUCCAAGCUCCCGAGCCUUCGCCAGGCUCACCAGAUGCUGAGGCAAACACUGCUGGGGUGGAUCCCCUGCACUGUGGAUCAGAGCUGCCCCCACAGAAACACCCUUGUUACAGGGACAGUAGGGGUGAUGCACUGCAAUUUUUAUCCUGGAAACAUAAUCCAGUGUAAAGCACACAAAGUCCCCUCCCAGAUUAACCUCAUCACUUGUAAACAUGAACGAAGAUAUCCUGGUUUUCCCUCUCCCCUCGUGGGGCUGAGUUCCUGCCUGCCCAGCACUGCUCUGGUUGCUGCUGUUCUCCUGCUCCUCACCACUUCUACCAGAAGGAAAAGGGCAGGUGAAGCCCCUAAAUCCUCUUGGCUGGUUUUCCUGCCCCUGCAGCUUAUCAUUGCAGAAACCCAGGUAUUGUUUACAGCAAUCCUUGGCCAGGGAAGCAGAGAUGAGGGAGGAGUGAGAGUCAGGUUUAAAAUGAGCAGGGAAGGUACAGUUUUAUACUCAAAAGAGAUUCUGGCCUUCAUGGCAGGAAAAGGGAUGGACUUUGGCAAACCCCAAUCAGAAAUCCCUGGUGUUUUAUGCUGGUUCAUCACUCCAGGGGAUUAUCCAACAGUUCCAUCCAUCCCUCAUGGGUGUGAGGCUUCUCCUUGAGCUCCCAGGCUAAAGCUGCCUGGAUUUGUUGGUUGUCUGACACCUUCUUUCAAGGCAGACACAAAUCACUUUGCUGGUUUGAGGAAGUCCCAGCCCUUCUGCUUCUUUCUGCUUGUGGUAAUAACAAAAAUCCCCAAUGUUGAUCAUUAACUGGCCUUGAAUCUACAGGAAUGACAUCAAAUCUUCAUCGAAGGAAAACUUUGCUACCUGCAAUCACCCCAAAUAUUCCAUGUGCUGACUGUGCUCAGUCCUUUAACCCUUAGGAAGUGCAGUUUGUUCAAGUUUCCUACACAUCUCUGAGCUCACAUUCCCUUUCACCACACACCCCUCUGCUCUUCCCCAAUUUCACGAGACAAGGAGGAAAUAUUUGUAGCUGUAGAGAAACCAAGGCUGAUAUUCAGAAGCCAAAACUGCUCUUAAAACCACACAGCUCGGUUUGUACCCAGGUGCUGAGGGUGGUGGUGGGGUGAGGGAAAGAACACACCUGGAAGUACAAUCUCCCUGGAAACAACUGCGCUUUUCUAACAGCACAGCACCAGAGGAAAGCUGUGGUGCAUUUGCUUUUCCAAAUUACUCUAUUUUUAAAUAGCAGGGAGCUGUAAACCCAAAUACAGGAAACUGGAUGUAUCUGGCAGCAGCUGAUACAUCACCACAGCCAGGCCAAGUGAGCUGCUUCCUCUGGACUUGAAUAUUCACAAAAAAAAAAAGAAGCGUUAAUUACCACCCAUUCUGAUCCGAUUCAGCAAAGUGGUAAAAAUCUGCUUUAUUUUAAACCUAUGAGUUUUUUCCUGGGCUUCAGAGAGACAAGGAAUGCAUUUGACAUCUUCUAAUAAACAAGGGGCUUCUUGGAAAAUAUUUGUCUACUUUAUAGUAUAAACUGUCAUCAGCUUGAGUUCUUGAGGUGGAAUUUACACUCCAAGAUAUUGAUUUGUUUUACAAAGAAAUAACUCUGUAUUUCCCUGUUUGUUGUUUAUUAACAUACACCUGUGCUCCGGGAUAAAUCUAGCUUGACUUUAUUACAAAUUACACCCCUGUUGAUCCAACUACAGAAUCCUGUUAUCGUGGUGAUAUGAACAAACAUCCCUCAGGGAUUAUGGAUAAAUCCCCAACUUCAGCUGACUGAGAUUUUCCUGUUAAUUCCGUGAGCUGGAGACCGAGGAUGCUGAACAGGACACAAAAAUGGGUUUAAUUUUUGGAUAUCAAGAUUGCAGGAGGACUCCAGCCUGGAUACUGGGUGGCAGGGGAGGCAAGGAAGGUGGGAAGGCAGGGAAUACAUCCAUAGAUUGGAUAAACUCUUCUCUGUGAGUGCUUAUGCAGUUCUGAAGGUGAGGGUAAGAGAGAAAAGUAAAUUCUAUUGACUUGCUUUGAUGUGGCUACACGAUACCAGUUUUUUAAUAUACCAUUAUACCCAAGAUGAUUUUAUUAUUCUACCACAAUUGUCUGAAAAAAAAAAAAAGCUAGAAAAUUACAUCGUAAUAGCUAAAGAAACUGAUUUCUGACUUCCUAAACAGGCUUGCGUGAUUGUUCUCCUCGUUUCCUGUCCCCGCUUCCCAUUCUGAUCUUACAAACUGUCAUUUCCUUCUUCUUUUUGUUUGUUUGUUUGGGUUGGGUUUUUGUUUUUUUGCAAUCAUCACUGUAUUGACCAAUUCUGGAAAGAAUUCAUGACUUCCAGCUUUGUGCUUUGGGGGUUUUGAGAUGCCGAAAUGUUGGUGUGGGGUUUGUACCAUUAACUAUUUCUGAUAUCACACUGAGUGUGCAGCUCCAAUCCUGGGAAGAGCAGCGUGCCCAGAGAGAUUACAGGAGACUGGGAAAUUCACUGUCGCUUAAAGCUUUCAAAGGCCACCCAAUCUUUCUAAGAAGGAAAACUCUUUUUGUGCCAAAACACAGAAAUAAGCUCAUUCUGAGGGUCUUCAUUCAGCAGUGUUUGGACUAAAAAAGAUAAUGAGAGGAUCCCUGGGAGCUGGGGAUGAGGAGGAAUCACCUUCCUGGGAGAUAACCUGGAAUAUAAGGGAAUUAAAUCUUGGAGAGAAGGGCGGGUGGGCACCUGAGGAUGGAGCAGUACAGGUACAGAUUCCAUCACCACUUCCAUGGACACUCCUGGUGCUCAGCUUCCAGGUGAUUUCAGGAAUAAAUGUAGA